CACCAAAACCUACAAAAUGUUCACCAAGAGCUCCGCUAAGUACAUAAAUUUAAGUCGGGGAAGGAGUAUUCUUCUUCGGAAUUGAUUCCUAGGACCGGCCAUCUCUAUAAUGAAGGGCACGUGACAACGCGCUGCAAGAGAUGUGCCCAUAGCGCGUUUGCUUGUGACCUAAACCCGACAUCUCGAGAUUUCCAUGCCCAAAACCGCAAGUACUUGAUCCACUGUUGCAAGGCCACGUGGUCUCUAAGUGAAACAUGAGGACCUCGAAACUGAGCAGAACCCCGCGUGCCUCGACGAAGAGCGUCGUAACGAGACUCCCACCUUCGAAGAAGAAAUCACAACCCAAUGCCAGCAUCCUCAACUAUUUCAAGAAACCCUCCGAUGAACAUAUGUUUAUUUGCGAGGGACAGGACAGCUCGGAAGUAGGGGAGGAAGAGGAGGAUAUAUAUGGUCUCGACGAGCCGUUAGCGUCAGAGGAACCAAGAUACAACGAGAUUGAGGCAUCGGUAAAGAAGAGGAGGUUAAGUUGGAGAUCAAGUCCACCUCCGGAAGAGCCCAGCAUCAUCAGCCCAGAGCCGAAAGUUACACCGCUAUUGGCGCGAAAGCAACCAACGAGAGUCUCGAAUAACCCGUUUCUCGACGAUUCAUCUGACGAGGAAGAACCUUCGACACCAGGAACAUGUGUGCAGUAUUCGGGUGAUAAUGGUGUAAAAGAUGGGGAAGGCAUCGUUCUCCUUGGCUCGAGACCUGACCUCGGCCUCGGGCGCUCAAUAGCCGCGGAUGAGAACGGGACUGCUCGACAGCCUUUCCUACAGAAAGAGAGUUCUGCAAAUAGCGACCUCAUUAAAAACACGGCGAAAGUCGGGGAUACACCUUCAAAAAAUGGAGAUUUUGGGGAGUUUGCAGACCUAGAUAUGGACGAGUUUGCUGAAUAUGACCCUGAUGGCGAAGAGUUUCGAGAAAUGCAGUACAUGGAAGAGCAGGCGAGACUAGAGGCCGAAGAGGUGCGGAGCUACAGUUGCGAUGACGGAUUUCCCCAGCCAGCGAUGGAAGAUGCCGUGGCGGAGAGCUGUCCGAUUUGCAAUGGAAGUCUGGCCGGAGUAACACCAGAUCAAGCAACAGCUCAUGUCAACGCCUGUCUUGACGGCAACCCAACCCCUCUACCUACGCCAUCUAGACAGGACAAGGUCGAGCCAGAUAAUGAAGUCGACGCCCCGCAGAUUGGCAAACGGUUUGCUCGAGCUGCCAUUCCUCGCCGGGGGCAGCCGAAUCCUAUCAGUCUUGGGGACGAUAAAGGGUCUGGGAAAGGGCCGUCGGGUUCCGCAUUCACCAAACUAAUGGCCGGGCAUGCAGAAGAUGCAGCGUGGACUGCGGCGGCGGCGGCGGAACAUGCAUCUCGCGGCAGGCCUGCGUAUCAGCGGACAUGUCCUUUCUACAAGAUCAUGCCGGGCUUCUUCAUCUGCGUUGACGCAUUCCGGUACGGAGCUGUAGAAGGAUGCAGGGCAUAUUUCCUCAGCCACUUCCACAGCGACCACUAUGUGGGCUUAACAGCCAGCUGGACCCAUGGACCCAUCUACUGCAGCAAGGUCACGGGGUCUCUGGUCAAGUCACAGCUACGGACGACGGCCAAGUAUGUCGUGGAGCUGGAAUUUGAGGAGAAGACUCCGGUACCUGGCACGGAGGGAGUUUUCGUCACCAUGAUUCCGGCCAACCAUUGCCCCGGCAGUUCGUUAUUCCUAUUCGAGAAGGCCACGGGCGGCAGAACGCAGCGCAUCCUCCACUGCGGCGACUUUCGUGCUUGUCCGGCCCACGUCAAGCACGACCAACUUCGACCCCACAGGAUAGAUGCCAUUACUGGGAAGACGUUGCAGCAGAAGAUUGACGUAUGCUACCUCGACACGACGUAUCUAAACUCCAGGUACUCUUUCCCGCCGCAGGACGAUGUCAUCCAAGCCUGUGCCGACCUCUGUGUGUCUCUCGACCAAGCCCUCGAAUCCGGCGACGACAGUGCGUGGGACGGCAUCCUCCGUCGUCGCGGAGGCGCAGCAACCGGGAUGGACAGCGUCAGCAAGUUUUUCACCUCGGACAAGAAACUACAUGCCGACAACGCCUCAGCUACCGUGACUGGAGAUCGCAACAACCCCAACUCCGAUAGCCCCCCCUCCCGAGCCGCCACCACCGCCACCCCCCUCAACGCCUUCACCGCCCUGAUCCGCCAGCCCAGCCUCCCCAGCCGGCCGCGCCUCCUCGUCGUCUGCGGCACCUACAGCAUCGGCAAGGAGCGCAUCUGCAAGGCCAUCGCCCAGUCGCUGGGGACCAAGAUCUUCGCGCCGCCUUCCAAGGCCCGCGUGGUGGCCCAGCUGGACGACCCGGAGCUGGCGGCGCUGCUGACGACCGACCCGGCCGAGGCGCAGGUGCACAUGCAGAUGCUGGCCGAGAUCCGCGCCGAGACGCUGGCCGAGUACCUCGCCUUGCACCGGCCGCACUUCGCCCGCGUCGUCGGCCUCCGGCCCUCGGGCUGGAACUACCGGCCCGCGAACUCGACCGGCGCGAACGCGAACCUGGCGCCCGCAAGCCUCCCCACGGCGCAGCUGCUCCACGGGGCCGGGUGGCGGGCGAGGCUGGUGGCGCGGGACCUAGUGCCGCAGCGCGGGAGCACGCGGGAGGCGGCGUGCUUCGGGGUGCCGUAUAGCGAGCACAGCAGCUUCCGGGAGCUGGCGCUGUUCCUGAUGGCGCUGCGGGUCGAGAGGGUGGUGCCGACGGUCAACGUGGGCAGCGAGCAGAGCCGGAGGAGGAUGAAGGGGUGGAUCGACCGGUGGCUGGCCGAGAGGAGGAAGGGGGGGUUGGUGAGUGUGCUGGGGGAGGGGGAUGAGAAGGGGGACGGUGCCGGGGUUGCGCUUUGGGAGGGAAAGGACGGGAGGGGUGGUGGUGUGUAUUGGUGAUUCGGACGGGGGUGAUGCCCUGCUGACAUGUUCCUCUCGGAAAAGGGGGGAUUCCGGGCAUCGGAUAGAUAGAGGCCAUGAUGAUAUGAC